ACAAUAGACGGACCACUCCCAGUUGUUCCCCCCAAGGAAGAUGCUAUAGCAAUUGCACAGAACCCUAGUCCAAAUCCCAAGAAGGAGAGUUUGCAUGGUGCACAGCAAAUAUGUGAUCCUUCCAUCCUGAUAGAUGUGGAAUCUAGUGUGCCAAAUGCAGAAGGAGGACAUCAAGGUUCUGAAAGAGCUGAGACAAGUACACAGAACCCUAACCCAACUCCCAAGAGAAAGAAGGGGAAGAAUGUGCAAGGUGAACAGCAACAACUUCAGAUUUGUGACCACUCAAUCUCGAUAGGUGUGGAAUCUGAUGUUAAGAAGGAAGGAGCAAAACAAGUUAAAGCUCAUGAAGUUGGGGUAUCAGGAAUAAGUGAAGAACGCCCUAUACCUGAUUCCUCAGCCCCAGAAGACACGGACCCGAAAAAGGAUUCUGUGAGGAAAAAAAAGAAAGCCCUUAAGUCUCAAGGGGCUGAAGCUGAAUCAGAACCAGAACCAAAGGAGUCCAAUAGCACAGAGAACCCUCAACAGUGCACCCUGGACCUGAAACUGAAAAGUAAGGUGAAGAAAGGGCCAGGAGCCAACGCUGAGAACUCUGGAGUGUGUUCUCAACCUGAAGUUGCACCCCAAUUAGACACAGCAGCCACUACGGCCUUAGAAAAGGCAGAGCUAAUUGAAGUUAACAGGGAGCAUUCUGAAGCGAGUUCUAAACCUGAAUUAGAGCCCUCAAUAGACAUGGCAACUCAAAUGAAGGUCCAAAAGACAAAAAGAACGAGGGAAGAAAAGAAAAAAGAGACAAAUCCGAGCGAAUCACAUGUACAACAUCCUCAACCUCAAACUUGUUCUAACCAUGCACCUGCAGUUCGAGGAAUAAUUGAAGAAUGCCCUGGACCUGAAGGGGCAGAAUCCAGUGAUGGCAAGCCACCUGAAACGCCAGUCCAGGGAUUUUUAUAUCCUGCAGUAGCACUAUCAAUAGACCCUAAAAUCCCAGACCAAGCUUCCCGAAAAGACACAGCAACCCCAAUAGACCAAGAUCAGAAGGUGAGUAAGAAAAAUAAGAAGAGUAAUCAUGUAGCUGCCCCCUCAAUAGAGCCAACAAUUCAAACAGGUCAAGAUCCCCCAGUAGACCCUACAACCCCAGUAGACCCAGAACAGAUGACGAAGAAGAAGAGUAAGAAAAGUAACAGUGCACUAAAAAACGAAGGGUUAGAAUCUGAGAAACGCAAUGCUGGUCUAAAUGCAGAAACCGCAGUUCAGAAAAUAGAAAGACCCACAGCCAAAAAAUCUAUGGGCAGACACAAUGCAGAACCAGCUGCUAAAAGCCCGGUUCGUAGAACUGAACAUCUCAAAGUCACUGAAUCUCCCUCUAAACGACAUGGUGAUAGUUCCUUGAGUUGCGAGGCAUGCCAACAGCUUGGUCACAGAUUAGAUCAAUGCAAGAGGUUGAGACGUCUUUCCAAGAAAGAAGAAGUCUGCUUCUUUUGUGGUAAAAUUGGUCAUUCACUUGGAAAAUGUGGUGUCUCUCAAGCCGGGGGAAGGUUUGCGAAGUGCUUACUCUGUCAUGAACAUGGACACUUCGGCUAUAACUGCCCUCAAAGUGAAAAUGGAAAAAAGCGUAAGGAGCUUGUAGCAAAUGGGGCUUCCAGUGGAAGUGAAAUAAGGUCUGCUAAGUGCUCACUCUGUCAUAAACGUGGGCACCGCAGCAGUAACUGCCCCCAAAAUCGUCAUGAUCCAAAGGUGCUUGCAGCCAAUGGGGCCGUCAGCAGAACAGCAGUGGAAACUAAAGGACAACCUCUUCCCGAAUUUAAUGCGAGCAGAACGGUCUUUCUGAUGAGCACGAGUCAAUUUACACCAGUACUCCCGCACUCGUGGAUCCCAGUUCCUCUGCCUUAAGAUUUGAUGAUUAUAUCAUGUCUGUUAGACAUGAUUUCCCAAUUUUGGUAGUUUAAAAUUCUCUAUAUGUAGCAAACGGCAACAUUAUUUCAGACCUUAUUGGGUUUUUCGUACCUAUUUCUUGUUUACUUCUCUACGUCGGAAUUAGUUGUGGCAGUUACAAGGUAAAUGCGACAAAGGGUUGCUUAAGAGGUGAAGUAAUAAGCACAUGAGAAAUGGCCCCAAUAUUUUUUAAUUCAGUUGAUGUUGAGACAAUUUGGUUGCAGAUAUAGAAUGUUCUGGAA